CUGAAGCUGCUGGGGACAGAGCAAGACAAAGACCCUGAGCUCUUUGCCCGCACCCCUCCCUGCCCCCAGUGGGGCCCGGCGCCCCCGCGACUUGUGGACACGUGGGCACCCUGAGCCUGAGAACCUCAGCCAGCCCAGCAGCCAGGGUCCCUCACAGCCUCCGUGCUGUCUGUGGAUCGGGCGUUGGGAGCCUGCUCUGCCUCCUCACAAUGGGCCAUGGGGGGUCCUCCCCAGCUCAGGAAGUCCCAGGGAAAAGCAGAGUUGAGGAGCUUAAGGAAUGAGGUGAAGGCUGGAGGACAUUGGCCUGUGUGUCGGAUCUGGUGCCUCACUUGUGUUCUGGGGCAGAGGGAACUGUUGUCAUAGUUCUGAGGCUGUCCCCAGGGCUCCCCAAGGUGGGAGAUGGACUGGAGAAGGACAGGCUUCUGACUUGGGGUUUAGGUAGGUGGGCGUCAGCCUCUGAGUGGGAAGAUGCUGUGGGAAGCACUUGGGGGGCUCACUGAUGGAUAGAGUCCGGUAAGCCUCCAUACACCGGGCAGCUGUGCCCCCAGUACCUGCCUGCUGCCACAGUGAUGGUGAGGAGGGACUGUGGCAGCCUCCCCAAGGUUGGCUGGGGUGGCAGACUGAGUGUGUGACUGUCUGUGAGUCUUUGAGCAUGGCAGGGCCUGCUCGUUGCUCCAUGGUCCCCUGAGCCCGCGAAGGCCACCUGGGCAACAACCCAGCCUUUUAGUUUCUCCUUCAGGCUGGGUUGGGAGGUGGGCCCAAAGCUCACUAAGGGCCCUGGUCUGGGGUUUCCCUGGAAGCUCCUGGUAACAAACAGCCCCUCCCCUUCUGGGUGCUGGUAUCCAUGGCAACACUCUAGAGCCUUUCUUUCCCUAGGCCCGCUUGGAUUUCAGGCCUCAGGUGAGUGUUUGGGGUCAGGCCCUGGGCCUGGGGGCAUCACAGGCAAAGGACCAGUCCCUCUGGGGACUCUUGCUCUAGGUUGAGGGACAGGACUUCAGGUCCUAGAAGGCAGGGGUGAUGGGGGAUGACAACAGGAAAUGUCCAUUCAGGUGACAUGUUGCCUGGGGGUGCUGCUGCCUUGUCUCGGUCAGAAAUAUACAGAUGUGGGCACACGUGUGACCAGCAGUCUAGUGUCCUGUGGGCUCCCCCAGCAACACCGAGAAUGGCGCCCGAGUCUUGCCGAGGGGAUGAAGAAGCCGAGAAAAAGGCUCCCUUAUCCCAGGUGGACCAAGAGCUGGUCAGCGCCUACCUGGAGCCUCCUGUGGGUGCACCUCCGGAGCCGGGGGGUCCCACAUGUGCACAGGACGCCAAGCCCAGCUCUACACAGGGGGUCUUCUCCGUCAACCUACAGUUGGCCCCUGAGUCUCUGGACACUCGCACCUUGCGGCUACUGUGGGGCCAACGGGAGCUGGAGAUCCAGGCUCUGCGGUGGGCCGUCCAGAACCGCCAGGAUGCCCGGCACUGCCACGUCCUGCGUGAGGUGGCUGGGCUUCCACCUGAGAGGAGUGCACGUAAUCAGGAAAAGUUCCUGCAAAAUCAGGUCCAAAAGCUGACUGUGGACUUGAAAAAGCAGAAGGAACAGGCCCAGCUGGUGAGGGGCAGGAGGGACCAGGGAGUCGGGGAGGGGACCCAAGCUGGGGUGAGGGGCAGGGCCCAGGUAGGGGUUGGCCUUGGGGGGUCAGCAGCUGGAGAAGACCCUGCGCACCUAUGCACCCUCUGGGAGCAGGAGAAGUCCCAGCUGGAGGAGCGUCUGCUGCAGGCCGCGACCACCAUGCAGCAGCUAGAGGCUGAGCUGCAGGCCUUCCAGAAGUCCUGCCUCCUGCAGCUGGCCCGCUCCUCCUGGGUGGGGCGCAUACUACGCUCCUCCACCGGCAGUGUGGAGGUGGUCACUGCAGAAACCCUGAUGGACUUCAGCGACGUCUCUGAGAGUGAACAGGGCCCCUCCACUGGGGAGGGUUUCCGGCUGGAGGACGUGGACUGGAACAGCAUUGCCCAGCGGUAUCCCAACCUCUUCAGCAACAUGGAGUCCAGCUCAGACCCGAAGCACCCACGGCCCCUGCCACCCCCAGAGGCCCCACUGUUGAGCGAGUGGGGCUCGGAGCUGCGCAGACUGGGGACAGAGCAGCGUCUCAAGAGUGUCGAGUGGAGUUCGCUGCCCUUCAUGGGCACGAGCAGCUCCGGGGGCGCGGACUCCGACUCCAGCAGCGGCCAGCUGGCUGAGCGCUAUCGUGUGCAGGUGACGGGACACCCCCCAUGCACGCCAAGCCGAGACGAGCUAACGGAGGCCAGCUCCAGGAGCCUCAGCGGGGAAGUGCAGACACAGUCUGGAGAGCUCUGCCUUUCCCCAGUGCGCCAGUUUGGCCUCGCAGGAGAUGUCCACAGUGCGUGCGGCGUACGGGGGGCCCCUUCCAACAGGUCUUUCCCUGGAUCUCAGGAUGGCCCAGCAGGACCAGCCAGCCCAGGGUGUUCCUGCCUGAAGAUUGUGGCAGUCAGUGCCCGGGAGAGGUUCGUGCGUGUCCUCAACCAGUCGCUGGAGGAGACCGAGGACCUGGGUGGCCUCAUGCUGCAGCAGCUGGAGCGCGGCUUUCCUGUGUGCAUGUACCGCUUCCCGCCCCGCACGCUGCUGCCUCCGCGCCACCAUGUCACAGUUUGGGGCGAGGGGCCCCGCAGCACCAAGAAGCACCUGCCCUCAUCCUUGGGCCAGGAGCCUGUGCACUUCCACUCUAGCCGGGGCUGUGUGACUCUCCUCCUGAACCCCAAGGGCGAGGUCCUGAGCCAGCAUCAGGCCGCCCACUGCGUGUCCCCCGCCUCGAGGAUCUUCGCUGACAACACUGAUUUGUCCAUAGACCGCUUCCCGCUCUCAGAGGCCGGGCUGGUGGCCGACACCCGCACGCAGAGGCCCGGUCCUUGGCAGCUGCGGGCAGGCAGGGUGCAGGAGGCCCCAGCCAGACGGCAGAGGCCCAGGUGGGCUCCGCGGGUCCCUUGGACACCAACUGCCUCCCCAGGUCGCGGCCUCUCCAGGCUCCGCACCCCCCACCCGCCCCUUCCCGCAGGCGGGCUUCGGAUCUCACGAGCCCCUCGCCCCACCAGGACGCGGGGCCUCUUCCCCCGGCUGAGCGCCAGCAAGACCUUCCGCCCGCGGGUGGUGCCAGCGCCGUCCGAGGCCGCCGAGACGCCGGCGCCGGAGCUCCUGCCCGCCAUCCCCGAGACCGGGCUGCUCCUCGAGGACUGCCAGGCUAGGAAGGAGCCCAGGGUCCGGGUUUGCUGCAAGGGCGUGGACCGGGACUGCCCGAUGGUGGCGUUGUCGGUGCAGAGCGCGGCUGAGAGCAGAUACGGCUUCCGCUUCCUCCCCUGCCCGCCGGUCACCGCCGCCAGGAGAGCGCGGCUGUAG